AUGGCGGAGAAGGCGAACGAUACACCCCUGGGCCAGGACGUACCUUACGUUCGCACGGUUCCUUUCAGCGAUAAACAACGCCUGUUAGAUCUACCUCGAUACUCUCUUCCACCCCCAACCGUCAUUUUCCGUGAUGAAAAUGGGUUUAAGCCGACUGUUUGUGUGGGCCGUAACGACUUCCAACGAACAUCGGACGCGUAUGGAAACCACGCCUUCUUGAACACUUUGAAUGACUUGCUCAAACUCGAAAUGCACCACAAGAUGAGUACGUGGGCAUAUGAGAUGCGAAGGGAUGCACAAGCUAUACUUCCCUUCCUCUUCCUAGGCCCCGUCAGCGCUGCGAAAGAUCCCUCCUUCAUCAAAUGUGCUGGCAUCACCCUCAUGAUCGCUGCACGAAGCGGCAACGCCGCCAAAGCCAGGCCAAGCCUCCUCCAUCCAGACAGAAUUUCCACCACCGCAGGACUAGUAACAAUGACUUGCGAUUUCGAAGGCUCGCACGACUUGUUUCCAAAACUGCGUCUGACAAUCAAGGCCAUCAACGAACACUUGCUGAAUACUUGUUCCAGGGUGCCUAUUCAGGAUGUGUCAGACGUACGAGGCAAAGUCUUCAUUUUUUGUGAAACAGGAAACGAGAGGUCGGCUAUCGUUGUUGCAGCCUACUUGAUAGCAGUGUUUGGUGUCAGUGCCAUUUCGGCGAUACAUCUGAUUCAAUCGCAGCGUUUCUCUCUUACGAUGGAUGAUAGAGGUAAGAAAAUGCUGGCGGACUUCUACGAUCUUGUCCAGGCCGAAUAUGAAGUUUCUGCUUCGAACGCCUCAGAAGCUCUCUCCGCCAGGCAACUCAACGUGCAGGGGGACCCUUCGACUCCUCUUGCCCAGCCUGCGAAGCGAGGCAUCGACGAUGUGUAUGAUUCAGACGUGGAUAUGGAAUAUGAACUAGAAGGGCCUCCUGAUAGAAACAGACACGGUGUUGCCCCAUUUGCAGAUAUGCUUGAUUGA